AUGGAACCCCCUCUCCCCAUCUUCUCCUUUCCCUUCGCUGUCCUCCUACUUUCCACUCUCGCCUUCGCGCCGCCGUGCGAUGCAGCGCUCGAGCCGGACCACGAGGAGGCGGUGCCGGCCGACUUCCCCAAAGCGUUCAUCGCGGCGAUGGCGGUCGCCGUCGUCUGCGUCGUCGUCGCCGUCACCAUGGUGUGCGUGCUCGCGCACUGCUGGCAGCAUAUGCUGCUUGGCUCCAGACGUCGUGGUGGCAGCGGGAAGGAGGGCAAGAACCGCGAUCAGGGUCAGAAUCGGGGAAGGAAGGGUAGGGGUUGGAAUUGGGGCUGGAGCUGGAAUAGGGAUUGGAAGUGGAAGGGCUGGGGCUGGGUUGAUGGUGAUGACGGGAUGCUGGUCUCGCAGAGGUGGCAGGAGCCGGUCUAUCAGUGGACGCCGCAGCUGGUGUCGAGGACGAGUAGGAAGAGUAAGAAGAAGAGCGUUAAGGGGAGGCUGAGUAUGAGGAGGGAUACGAGGGAGAGGGAGAGGCAGAAGCAGGCACAGAGGCGUUGGGAUAAGAGAUGUACGUGGGGCGAGAUCGAGGGCAGUGCUAGUGCUAGUGCCAGUCGUGAGGGGAUUUUGAGGGGAUGGGGGAGGUAG